AUGCAAGAAGAUUCAGCGGAAAAAACGCAACAAUUACAAAAUUUUCAAUCCGAUGAUUUGCUGGAAAAGCUAAAAUUGCUCAACUAUGAGAAGCAUCUACUGAGGGAAUAUAAAUUGAAGCCUUUGUCACGUUUCUACUUCGUCAAGGCCACAAAUCCUGGCGAGCAAUUCUUCAUGUUCACCCUAAUCUGCUGGUGGCUGUGCAAGAAACUGGGCAAGGAGAUGGACAGACCGCAGGAAUACGAUGAUCCCAACACGGUUAUAGCCAAGAUUAUACAAAUGCUUGAGGAAAUUGAUGUGCCCGUUGACUUUGCGCCCAACAAGCUGAUCCGUGGAGCUGGUCCCAUUUGUCUCAUGGUGCUGGAUAUUCUGGCCACGCAGGCGGUGAAGCUGAUCAAGGUGAAUUAUCAGCGGGUGCACAUUGCCCAGGAGGAGGAGUUUGUGGGCGACUAUUUGGAGGACAAUGCCGAGAUCAUAUUGGAGAAAUUAGAGGAUGAACAAAAUGCAUCUGCACUCAGCGAUGACAGCGAUCUCGAGCUGGAAGCGCACAAUUUCAAGCAGCUCAAUUGGCUGAAUCGCCAGAAGCGUUCCAUGGGCGGGGAUCUGGCCGAGGAGCAGAAUCGUGAGCUCAACGCUCAGCGGCUCAGCGAUCAUCAGGAGUGGCGACUGGAACUGGAGCGGGUACUGCAGCAGCUGAAGGUGUGUGUCAAGGCAGAUGCUCGGGACUGGCGCACCCACAUCACCCAAAUGGAGUCGCUCAAUGCGGGCAUCUCCAACGUGGCGGAGCCGACGCAGAUGCAGCUCAAGAAACUGCACAGUGAGUUCACCUUCAGCCUGGAGAAGAUCGAGAGCCGCGAGAAGCAUCUGAACAAUGAGCUCCAACAGCUCAUUCAGCAGUACAAGGAGCUCUCCAUUGAGCUAUCCACUGUGCAAUACGCCCAAACACAGCUCCAAGCCGACUCCGAGAAGCAACUAAACCAACUCAACGAGGUGAUGGCCGAGCAGGAGCUCAAGAAACAGGAAAUGGAGCGACGUGGACAGGUCAUGUCCGAUGGAAGCUCCGUGCAGCAGAUCAAGAAAUCGAUUGUCAAGCUGAAGGAUGACAUUGCCCAACUGAAUCUGGAGGUGGCUCUGCUGGUGCAUGCCCACGAUCAGGAUAUUGUGCGUCAAACGCUCGGCGCUGCUGAGCAGCUCAACAACUGAUAACCGAUAAGCGAAUGAAUAUAUAUGUUUGUGUGUAUAUAGGAGUUGUAUUUAGCAUAUGAAUGAGAUCUGUGGUCUCCGGCAUAUUUCACACUUUGUUAUGGGUGCGUGUUGUUGUGUCUUGUUUACACCCAGUUCGAUGCGUAUCACAAUCAGUUCAGUUCGAGGCGUCGGGGUAGG